AGUUUCGUAACAAUGGUUUAUUAAUAUCAGGAUUUACAGUCGAUAAUAUUUCAUAGCAUAACAAAGCAUUUUAAGUCUUUGUUUUCAGAAAAAAACUUUGUUUGUGACAAUGUAUUUUUUUAUUUUGCAUACAUACCUAACACAAAAACUUAACUAUGCUUUUCACAAGAACAGUGUUAUAAAUCAAAAUAAGAUUUUCAAAUUAGAUUUUAAAAACAUCUUUACAGGUGUUUUGCAAAACAUCCUACUGUUAACUAAGUACGAAAUAGCUUCUGUUGAUGAACACCUAUAGUUUCAAAAUUCUAAGUAAAACAUGUUUGGAAUUGGUAAAAUGUUUUAAUUGCACCUCCUGAAAACCUUAUUUUUUUACUUAUGUCACUAUUCUUCCGGACUAAAGAAUUAUAUAUAUAUGUGUAUAUACAUAUAUAUAUAUAUAUAUAUAUAUAUAUAUAUAUAUAUAUAUAUAUAUAUAUAACCCCAAAUGGUAGAUUGAAGGCAAAAUAUUUUCAAAAAAUUCAUCACUAGGUAUAUUUUUGGGUUGAGGACCUCACCAUAUGGAAGUUUGGGAGCGAAUCCUUCCGAAGGAUCUUAGGGGAAGUCCCAAAGUUGGUCGAAGCUUAACAAUGUCAGUUUUGAAGACGUGUUUUGGGGUGAAUUUACCAAAGGGGAUAUGGUGCAGCCCCCUAUGAGUAGAUUAAAGCGAAGACCCUCUGAUGGUCAUUAUCUGAGGUACCUAAAGCCUUUGUGUAGUGGACGAGCGGAAGUGAGUUGUAUCUAUUUAAUCACUCCUUCCAUUGCAUUUCAAUAGAGUUGCUUGGCUUCUAGAUACAACCUAGAAGCCAAGCAGCUCCAGAAAAUUGCUGCGUAAGCCUGCGAUCUUUGUUAAUAUAUUCCAAUGUUAUGGAAUUUCUUUAGUUUGUAUUCUUAAUUGAAAAGCUGUUUGAUAUUCUAUUGAUUAUUAUUGUUGGUUUUGUAUGUGAAAAUCAUAUUCAUUCAAAUGUUUUAGAAACUUUAUAAUUAUUAUUUUUGUUUUGUGAAAUCGUAUUAGUUAUGUACCUAAUUAUAUUUUCAUCAAUAAUUUUUUUUUGUGUUACAAAACAUAAUUAUAUUUCCAGCAAGAAUAUAUUUAUGUUACUAUACAAAAUUAUAAAUAAGUUGGUUGAAAUUUAACUUAAAUAAAAAUACACUUACAAUACCCAAGUAAGUGUUCGUUAUCGGCAAGAUAUCAAGCACAACGAUAAUGAUCUCGUACUAUAUCACUGCCAAACAUUAGACAUAUUAUGUCCCCUACACCAUCCUUUAUUCGACGUUACUCACCCUAUUAAAAAUUAUUGUUCCCCGCCGCAAUGUAGAUGUAAUUACAUAUUGCUUGUGUCUAAACCUUCGCUCUCCGCAACAGCGCAACAUAUAACUGUUGUGUUACUUAUCAACCUUAAAGAAAAACGUGUUCAGAAAAAAUAACCAUUAAAGUCAAUUAAGAUUUCAAGUAUUAUGAUUUGCAUAUUACAGAAGUGACUGGACUGGUUUCAUAGAUAUUUCGUGAAAUCAAACCUGUUAUUUCAAUGAAGCAGUUGUGUCUUAUACGUCAAUUAACUACACCAUAUCUCAUCCGUGAUAAUGAGUAUCAAGCUAAGUCACUAUAUAAUGCUGCAGUUAAAUUCUUACCAACUAUAACAGCAACAUUCACUCAGAACAUCACAAGAAACUGAAACGGUAAGCUUAGCAUCGCAUCAUGUUCGUCCUUCGUGUACAUGCGGUUCGUACAAUUUAGCGUAAAUUGUAAGGAUGAAUUUCAUUUGUAAUGUUACGAACACAUCAGAAGCUUUUUCACUUUAUAGUAAACUACCUCCAUGCAGUUUGUACAAUGGUCCGUUGAUAAAAAUAGAAAUAAUUAAAAUGAUGGUUUCAACAGGGUUACUUGACAGUUUUUAGACUUAGCCAUUUAAGUAAUAGGUUUAUAUUUAUUUUAUUUAACACACCAUACUCAAGUCAUAUAAGCAUUUUACUUUAUAACUUUCCCAUGAUUUCUAUUGUUGAGGAAAUGAAGGCUUUUAUAAUACACGUAAUAAUGUUCGUAGCAGGUUCCAAUGACUCGUGCUGCGGCUGGAACAAAGACGUGAGGCUGUUGACUCGAAGGCUACGAACAAAGCUAUACUACUACUUUGAAGUGGAGCGUUGGACGGGAUGCGAAACAGCAAGGAUGACAGUAAACAGAACAGUUAAGUCUCCUGCCACGGGCACAUGUCUACUUGACCAGGGGCACGUUAUUUUGUUGUUACGGUCUUAACUUAUGAAAAGCAAACACAACAGAAAAGGUUUAGUCGUUGAAUGGUUAUGCUGACAUCUGCUGCUGCAGUCUAAAGUGCCGCCUGUCUGAGUGCACACACGGUCUGCAGAGCUCCAGAAAAAAAAAACACGUGAUUUAAAGCCUGCUCAAGAUAUUCAAGUGAUGUUUGUUAAAAACAUUAAAAAAUACAUCGUGGGCAGAUAAGUAGUUCUGUUUCUGUGUUCAGGUUUUCUAAACUACAUUUUUAUAAUUAGGAAAAUGGCUACACCACGAGAUUCCUAAAUAUAUUUUUGGGAAUGACACUUCCGGUACAGAUUUUUUAAAGCCUCGUGUGACAUGCAUUACAUCCUAACCAUCACUUCUGCGUCAUACGAGGGCUAUCUGUAAAGUUUCCGACCUCAACAUGAAGAUGGCAGCACUCGUCAACAAAAAUAGGGGUAUGUGUUUGCGCAUGCUUUGGAAUUUAUAUUCUGAAAUUUCAGCCAUUUUUGACGUGCAUUUUUUUUUUAACAAUCCUUUGCGUGAGUCGAUGCGCAUGUUUUUAUGUAAAUGAAAAGUAGAAUAUCGAGCUGUCAAUGAAAAUUUGUUUUUGAAAGGCAAUACGACAAGAAAAUUAAAGAAGAGUUGGACGCUGUGUACUGGAACUCUGCAUCAUAAUUUACCACAGUGAUAUUUGAGGCAGCUGAAUGGCCAUACCAGCUCGGGCAACGAUGAACGUUUGCGACACCAAAAACUGUGAAUUUGGAAUCAGCUCCAAAAAAGGCAAAGUCUGUUCAUUUGGCCAGGAAAGUGGUGGUGACUUGAAAGGAGAAAACAUGACAGGAGAAUACUAAGCAUCAUUUCUUAACAAGCUGAAGGCAGAAAUGGCAGAAAAAGGUUACAUUUGCAGAAACAGAAAUUUUUGCUUCACCAAUGACAAUGCACCAGCUCACACCUCAGGGUUGCCAUGACGAAAAUAUACGAAUUGCGGUUUUAACUGCUUGACCACCCUCAUUAACACCAGAUCUAAACCCAGUUGACAUUUUUUGUUCCCUAGGCUAAAAGUUGCACUCUGAGGACAAAUAUUUUUUGUUGAAUUAGGAGGCCAUAACCUUCUUUAACAACUAUUUUGCAGAGAUUCGGACAAACGAUUGUUAAAAAAGCAACUGCGCGUCCAAAAUGGCUGAAAUUUCAGAGAGUAUAUUCCAAAGCAUGGACAAACACUUUCCCCAAUUUCUGUUGACGAAUGCUGCCAUCUUAAUGUUGAGGUCGGAAACGUUUCAGACAACCCUCGUAUAAUGCGUGGUUGCCGCUCAAAUAUUACAUGUUCCGUAAGCUCGACGAUAAUAUUGCGCUUAGAGGCGAUGCCGUGCUAGAAUUAUCAGCGAGCUUCGCACUUAUAAUUCCGCCUCACUAACACCAAUACACCCCUGAGUAGGCGGGCCCCUUACGGACUGCCCGCAGCUGCUACUACAGAAACUGAAGUCUCUCUGCAUUAACGUAAGCAAACACGCAAGCUACACAACAUAUUUUCAUGGCCUGCCAAAACCAUAUUAUGAGUAGCCUAAUAUUGUCUUGCGCAUCAUCUACAACGAGACGAUAGCUGGCAAUAAUAGAAUUGGGCUACAGUCUGGGUUGGUGUUUUACUGGUAUCAUAAACAGACUUAUUUCAAUAUAUCCUUCCAACAUUAUAAUAGCAGUUUCAGAAAUUUCAUAGCUAUUUGUGUUCAUAAGGUUUUACGCAACAACAUAUCCCAAUAUCAUAGACACAACAUGACAGAACAAACUUGAGGCUGUACUUAUGUUUACACUCGUUUUAGCAAAUUUAGACUUAAAAAUAUACAAAUAUCUUAAAAAUAGUUUAAUCAACUUCUUGGGGAAAAUUCGAUUUUUGUUUGACGGAAUUUCUCUUAAACAUUACCCAAGACCGCAGAAAAGCUUUUUAUAAAAACUUCCCUCAAACAGCUCUUCAAUAUUUAUGUUACUCGGCAAUGUAGAAACUGUCUUCAAAUUUUGUUAAAUCAUCAUCUUGGUGAUAUAAAAUAUAUAAAAUGUUGCUGUUAAUCAAUUUAAGCCACCCUUACCGCAAUACUGAAACACAUUUCAUUGCAGAAGCUUGUGAAAUUAUUAUUACAACAAACCCCUCCCAGUAUUUCAUCUCGACGUCAACCCGAAAUAUAUAAAAUAAGGUAAAUGAUAUACACGUUUUUUUACGUCGCAAAGUUAUGCACGUGCUUGAAAUGGUAAAACGUCUAAGAUUUUAGUGAAAUGUAAAUCACAUGAUACCGUAUGUGUUUGUAAAAUUGAGUCAUGGCGAUGCUAGGUUUAAACACAUGACCCUCUGGGGAAGCGGCAGUAGGCCGAAAAUCACUAGACCGAAAGGCUCUAGACCAAAAUUCGUUUAACCGAAAGUCAUUUAACCGACAUGUAGUUGACUGAAAGGCACUAGACCGAAGCCAUUAGACCGAAAACUUGAAAAUUCACCACGAUGGGAAAAUAUCUUAACUUUGGCAACAAGCAGUUGACGGAAAGGCACUAUACCGAACAGGUACUAGACCAAAAUUCGUUUUUCCAUGUAAUUGCUAUCUAAAAUAGUAGUAUUAUUUUUUUUUACGUUUCUACGAUAAUACUGAAAUAUUACACUGAUUUAAGCGAUUUUCCAUGGUUAAAAUAAAUAAAACAAAGCAGCACAUUUUUUUUGCAUAAUUGAAAUAUUUAUAGGGCUAUAGAUAGCGUACCAUACGGAUAAUGUCUGUAUAUACUCAAAAACUGUAUUUUACUUCCGUUCACUCUAACUCAAAUGAUACAUUACAAGACUGAACAUAAAUGUUAUCACCUUUAUCAUUUACAUUUGAAAAUAACAUGUUUGAAUGUUUACUGAACCAAUUAUGAUAAAAUAUGGAACAUAUGUAGCCCCUUAUGCUGGUUUAACAUAUUUAUAUAUAAUUGAUCAUGAAUGUGCAACCCUGAGCGGACCGCGUCCAGCCAGCUUCUGGACCGACUGGUGAGUGUUAGGCGCUGGACGCGCUCAGUCCGGUCCACGAUUUUAAUUUUUUUUUUUUCCCCUAACCUAACUAAAAACUAAGUGUGUUUGGGAGGGGUCCGGAUUAGGAGGGACUUAAGUGCGUCUCAGGCCGAAACCUAUACGCUCUACUCAUGCAGGGAGUACCAUGCAGACAAGGGAGCAUGCAUAUUGUGCUAAGGAGGGGAUUGGCCAGCCAUGGUUGCGAUUGGCGCCAUGACUAACUCCCCUCACUUGACUAUUCUAGACUAAAACUAGAGAUAAGUUGGGCCCAGGUAAAAAAGCACUUAUUGUUCUUUUGUUAUUAAAAUAGCAUGUUCUAUAUAAAUGAGUAGGAGAUGCAAAAAGACUGGUAUGCCACACCACAAAAUAUAUGACUACCAAAAUAAAGUGAAUCAAUUUUCACUGUUUUGCUUGCCUGAUAAUAAAUGGCUUAUGCAUUACUUUCACAACCAAUGUAGCUAUGUUAGUAAUAUAUUAUUGGAUCUGCUAUCUAGCGGGUGGGCCCAGAACUACUUCAGAAACUAGGUGUCAGUCUCGGCAAGUAGAGUGUCUCCCCCGUGCUGGGCGGGGCACUGACCACAGCGCUGCGCCUGAUAGCCGGGUGCACCCACGAGCGGCGUGGCAGUGUGAAGUCGUGCCACGUGAGUCAAGCUUGUGUUUCUGGAUGUUCUUCCAGGCAGGACCAGUGGACAUGUGGGCCUUGUGUAUGCUGAUGGUGCUGACUCCGCUGCACUACGCCAGCGGAGCCGGUGCGACUUGCGAGUGCGCGGUGUUGUUCACCUCGGACGUGCGUGGUGACCGACCAGUGUUCACGUCUCCCAGCACGCCCCUCUCAGGCUGCUACGACUCGGCGCUCUGCAAGCAGCAGUGCGCCCACACGCUGACGACUCUGGGCGUGGAGGGCGACCCCCAGCACCUCACCGCCGGCGGCUCCACCGUGGCCGACUACUCCUGCAAGUCGUACGGCAAGGACAUCCACAACGGACAGCCUGCUGGGUACUACAAGCUGUGUGGCGGGAAGUGGCAGCACAUCCAGGAUGCCAAGUUCAAACUGUGCUGCAAGGACGGCUCCUCGGUCCCCUGCUAGAACCAGCCUCUGCAGCCCGGACCUUCCCGACAGCUCGGGCGGCUUGUUCAUGUCACAGUUCUCCAGUCUAAUAAAUGCAACUGAAAACGAA